AUUUCCAGAGACACGCAGCAGACUCACAGUGAAGAGUCCCAACAUUAGCUUGAAUGGUUGACGACUUCAGGAACUUGAGAAGUUUUACUCUCUAGUUAAUAUCAGAGUAUCCAUUUUGUUGAUGUGGAAAACUACGUUUUCUCAUAGUUCCUAGCACUCAAAAAUCAAAAAUGAAAUCCAGCAGAGACAAGGCUGUAGGACAUCAUUCAAUCAGCUCUUUUGAAGUGAUGCUCUCAGCGCUCUUCAUUAUGCUCAUGGUCUUCUCUAUUGGAUUAAUUGCAGUGUCCUGGCUUGCAGUCAAGGAAUCUGAAAGAGAUGCAGCCCUGGGAAAAAGCCAUGAAGUCAGAGGGACAUUUAAAAUAACAUCUGGAGUGACAUAUAAUCCUAAUUUACAAGACAAACACUCUGUGGAUUUCAAAGUUCUUGCUUUUGACCUUCAGCAAAUGAUAGACGAGAUCUUUGAAUCAAGUAGCCUGAAGAAUGAAUAUGAAAAAUCGAAGGUUUUUCAAUUUGACAAAGGCAGCGUUAUUGUCCUCUUUGACCUCUUUUUUGCUCAGUGGGUGUCAGAUAAAAAUGUAAAAGAAGAACUGAUUCAGGGCAUUGAAGCAAAUAUCUCCACCCAACUGGUCACUCUCCAUAUUGAUUUGAACAGCAUUGAUAUCACAGCAUCCUUGAGUGACUUCACAACAGCAGUUCCUGUAACAACUUCAGAUAAGCUAACAACCAGCAGUUCUAUGACAACUUCAGCAUCACAGGGUAACUUAUCAACAACAGUGGCUGCAACAACUUCAGCGCCAUUGUGUAAUUUAUCAACAGCAACUGUUGCAACAACUUCAGGCCAUGUCUCAAUAGAGUGCCAGCCUGGUUCACGGCCCUGUGCUCAUGCUUGGAACUGUGUAGCAACUGAUUUGUUUUGUGAUGGAGAAGUGAACUGUCCAGAUGGUUCAGAUGAAGACACUGGGCUAUGUGCCACAGCUUGUGAUGGAAGAUUUUUGUUGACUGGAGAUUCUGGGGUUUUCCAAGCUGAUCAUUAUCCAAGGCCAGAUGAAUCAGGUGUUGUUUGCCGAUGGAUCAUCCGUGUAAACCAAGGACUUUCCAUUAGAAUGAACUUUGGAUCUUUUAUUCCACAUUAUACAGAUGUGUUAGAUAUCUAUGAAGGUAUAGGACCUAGCAAAAUUUUAAGAGGCUCUUUUUGGGAAACUGAUCCUGGAACAAUUCGAAUUUUUUCCAACCUAGUUACUGUCACCUUUCUGAUAAAAUCAGAUGAAUAUGAUUACAUUGGCUUUAAUGCAACAUACAGCACUUUCAACAACAGUGAACUUAACAAUUAUGAGAAAAUCAACUGUACAUUUGAUGAUGGAUUUUGCUUCUGGACCCAGGAUCUUGAUGAUGAUAAUGAGUGGGAAAGAAUCCAAGCGACCACGUUUCCUUGCUACACUGGUCCACGUUUUGACCACACAUAUGGGAAUGGUUCAGGAUUUUACAUUUCUACACCAACUGAACAAGGAUGGAGAAGCGAAAGAGUGGGCCUUUCAAGCCUCUCUUUAGACCUCACUUCAGAGCCUGUCUGCCUUCAUUUUUGGUAUUACAUGUGCUGUGAAAAUGUCUACACUUUAAACAUUCAUAUCAGCAGUGCUGAAACCACAGACAAGAUAGUUUUUCAAAGGAAAGGAAACUAUGGGAGGAACUGGAAUUAUGGUCAAGUCACAUUAAAUGAAACAGGAGAAUUUAAGGCUGUGUUCAAUGCUUUCAGAAACCGAGGUUGCAGUACAAUAGCCCUGGAUGAUAUAAACCUAACAAAUGGAAUUUGUAGUCAGAGUCCUUAUCCAGAACCAACCUUGGUUCCCACCCCUCCACCAGAGCUUCCUACUGACUGCGGAGGACCUUUUGAACUGUGGGAGCCAAAUUCAACCUUCAGUUCUCCGAACUUUCCAGACCAAUAUCCCAAUCAAGCUUCCUGUAUAUGGAAUUUAAAUGCACAGAGAGGGAAAAAUAUUCAACUUCAUUUUCAAGAAUUUGAUUUAGAAAACAUCAAUGAUGUGGUUGAAGUUAGAGAUGGGGGAGAAUUUGACUCCCUACUCUUAGCUGUGUACACAGGACCUGGCCCUGUGAAGGACUUGUUCUCUACCACCAAUAGGAUGACUGUGAUUUUCAGCACAAACAUGGAAACCAGACGCAAGGGCUUCAAAGCAAAUUUCACUUCCGGCUAUUACUUGGGGAUUCCAGAGCCCUGCCAAGAUGAUAAAUUUCGGUGCAAAGAUGGAAACUGCAUUCCUAUGGGGAAUCUCUGUGAUAGCUACCCACACUGUAGUGAUGGCUCAGAUGAAGCAAACUGUGUGCGUUUUCUCAAUGGCACAAGAAGCAACAUUGGGUUGGUACAGUUCAAUAUACAUAGCAUAUGGCAUGUAGCUUGUGCUGAGAACUGGACCACACAAAUUUCAAAUGAAGUUUGUAAUCUUCUGGGACUAGGGAGUGCAAACUCAUCAAUGCCAAUAUCAUCUACCGGAGGUGGACCGUUUGUGAGAGUAAACCAAGCCCCUAAUGGAAGUGUGAUACUAACUCCUAGUCCACAAUGCUCCCAAGAUUCCUUGAUUCUACUGCAAUGUAACCAUAAAUCAUGUGGAGAAAAAAAGGUGACUCAGAAAGUCGGCCCAAAGAUCGUUGGUGGAAGUGACGCCCAGGCGGGGGCCUGGCCCUGGGUUGUGGCUUUGUAUCACAGAGACAGGUCUACAGACCGUCUGCUCUGCGGUGCAUCUCUUGUCAGCAGUGACUGGCUGGUGUCUGCUGCACACUGUGUGUAUAGAAGAAAUCUAGAUCCAACCAGAUGGACAGCAGUCCUGGGCCUGCAUAUGCAAUCAAAUCUGACUUCUCCUCAAGUAGUAAGACGGGUGGUCGAUCAAAUUGUCAUAAACCCUCAUUAUGACAGACGCAGAAAGGUCAAUGACAUCGCUAUGAUGCACCUUGAGUUUAAAGUAAAUUACACAGAUUAUAUACAGCCUAUUUGUUUACCAGAAGAGAAUCAAACACUUAUACCAGGAAGAAUUUGUUCAAUUGCUGGCUGGGGAUAUAAUGAAAUAAAUGCAGGUUCUACUGUUGAUGUGUUGAAAGAAGCUGAUGUUCCUCUUAUAUCCAAUGAAAAGUGCCAGCAACAGCUGCCAGAAUACAACAUCACUGGAAGUAUGAUAUGUGCAGGAUAUGAAGAAGGAGGAAUAGAUUCUUGUCAGGGUGAUUCCGGAGGGCCAUUAAUGUGCCAAGAAAACAACAGAUGGUUUCUUGUUGGUGUGACAUCAUUUGGAGUCCAGUGUGCACUGCCUAAUCACCCUGGGGUAUAUGUCCGGGUCUCACAGUUUAUAGAAUGGAUCCAUAGCUUUCUACAUUAGGCAUUUUCCUGACCCAAACAUAAGUGAUGGACAAUUUUUUUUCCUCAUUUUUACUCAAACUAGUAUGGCAACUGAGAGUUUCAUGAGAAGAAAAAAAAUUUAUAUUUUUAGCUAAAUCAUUUAAAUGCUGGAAUGGGGUUGGGAGACAAAGCAAUAAAUUAAAAUUAAUCUUUGCAACAUAAAGUAGCCAUAAAAUGCGUUUCUGUUUCACAGAAAACAAUUACUCUUCUAUAGACAUUAUUUGUCUUGAAUCAAUUGUUAUCAUUUUCUGUUGUGUGAAGGGAUAUUAUUUUAUGACAUUUUCCACACAUGUAAGUAAAAAUGGGUGCAUAAGUGAAAUGAAGUAGUUUUUCUGGAGUGUAUCAUUUCUUUUGAAAUAAGCUGUUGUAACUCAUCUCAUUUCAAUUUAUUGUUACUAGCAGAGUCGCUGUUGCUUUCUUCUCCAUUCAAUGCAUUUCUAUUUAAAUAUAAUAUUUCCCUGUUCAUAAAAGUACAUUUAUUAUGAGCCCAUGUCCCAGACACAUUUACAUCAUAACUGUGCCUUUCUUCUAGGUAAAUAAAACAUGCAAAGGUCUCUCUCCUGACCUAGCAUCAACAUAAAAGUAAACUACUUUACACCCUCAAAUAAUCUUUACAUUGACUUCAAGCCAUCUUUUUUUAACCUAAAAAUAAAAGUUUAAAAUUGUACAGUUUAUAGACUAUCCUGAACAUGUGAAAAAUUUGUUCAGACACAGCUGAAUUCCUCACUAAAGGCAAAAAUGUGUAAUAAAUUAAUUUGCUCCACU